AAAUAAGAGAGUCAGCAGUGACGUGUCAUGUGUGUCAGGGAAGUGAGACGUCUACAAACUGACUUGAUGAUAAAAGUAAACAUGAUUUAACCAGUCACAACAUUAACAGUUUAGUCAAUGGUGAAAUAGAAUAUAAAGUUAGUUACACAGUGAGUUACUUUUCGAAACAGCGAGCUCUUUCAACACCACGUAUGGAAAAGACAAUAGUGAAGGAGAAGAUAUGGUGAUGUUUAUAUCUACCGUAAUUAAUUUCUCAAGAGGCUUAAGCGCCGCAAUCCGAUAGUGUCGGAAACCUUCUGGAAAAGGGUGUGAUCAUAUGUGGCGAGGUCACUGCGGUGAGGUCUCACGGAAAUUCAAAUAUUUCUAUCGCGUUUUGUUUAAUCCUUGGUUGCGAAACAGAAACACACAAAAUGGUUGAUCAGCGAUUCAGAGCUCUGUCUUCGUGUUUGGUGAUUGCGUCGCUCGUGGUGAUAGUAACAGCACAAAACAAUGUUGCGGAGAAAGAUGUCCAUGUGAACGAUACUUUGCAGAUCAAUAAUAACACAAAGACAGGAAACGAAACAAGCAGUAACACUUGUGUCCCAGCUCAUCCCAGUCCCUCGCUACAAGCUAUUUGUAAGCCGUACGUGUAUGAAGAGAAGGGAGUGUGUUCAAGUAUAAUUGGGAAGCGCCUUAUUUACGGCUCGAUUUAUUACCAAGGAAUCAUGGAAAAACGGCUGGUCAACUUUAAUAUGGCAAAGGCUUAUGUACUUUCUAAAGAAGACAUCUCCAGCAAAUGUCUUCAAACUGUGGAACAUGUUUACUGCAACCACUACUUUAAAAGAUGCGACAAUGUCUCCUCGAAAAUUCUUCCAGUACCGGUCUGUAGGGAAGCCUGCGAGGUUAUGGUCCAGCAGCAUUGCAAAGAGGAGUACCGUAGGGCUGAUGAACUAAACAAGGCCGUGAAAGGGUAUAGGGCUUUGCCUAACCAGUGGGCCUUUGACUUGAUUAACUGCACAACGCUACCUAGAAGAAACGGGGGUACUAUCCCCGAGUGUUAUUAUCCAAGAGAACUCGAAGAGAACAUAAACAAAGACGACUUCAGCGACUUGUGUUCUUAUGACAACGGUCAGUCAUACCGCGGAAAUAUAUCAGUGACGCAGUCAGGUUACACAUGCCAGUCCUGGACUUCCCAGUGUCCUCAUCGGCACCACAGAACACCAGACAACUUCCCUGAACUGAACAAUGCCGCCAAUGCAUGCCGGAAUCCUGGUGGUCAGGCCCCCCGCGGCCCAUGGUGCUACACAACAAAUGCUUCAGUGCGAUGGGAAUAUUGUAACAUCUCAAUUUGUCCUCCAGAAAAUGCAACGAUGUCGGAUUGGAGUCCUUUCACCACGUGUUCAGCAUCAUGUGGGGCUGGGCUCAAAACACGCUAUCGUGCUUGUAACAGAUCGCGUUUUGGGGGAAAAGAUUGCUCAGCGCUUGGCCCGCUCUCUGAAGAGCAACCAUGCAAUAUUCAUGACUGCAACGGAACUGUUGAAAACGAUCCCAAAGGAACUGUUGAAAAGUCGCCUAAAGGGCUGAUUUUUAUGGAGAUAAUCAUAGUUUCAGCCGUCGGAUCAGUGUUUCUCAUCGUUGCAGUAGCACUGGCUGCAAUAUUAUUCAAGAAACACAGGGCAGGGCGUAAGCCAAAUAUCCCGGAUGACGCAGAUGAAAAAGAAAUAACACCAUAUGCAACAGUCUGUUUCAGCGGGGUUUUCCCGCCAAAUACCGAAAAUAAUAGUUAUGGUUUCCCAGGCAUGUAUGAGAAUCCGCUGAAAACCUUGCCUUUCCAACUAAGGUCACCCUUAGGUGAAAGAGCCGCAGGUAGAGGAGGGUUGCGAAACUCGCCGUACGAAAAUAUCGACCCCCUUGGAAGGCCAUCUGCGAAUCCUCUCGAGUAUCUGUUCUAUAAACCUCGUUAUGAAAACGAAACAGUUGAUGAUGAAACUCGUGACGUAGUUAUGAUAAGGCCUGGGUACGACAAGCUGACGCACGCCACUAGGAAAAAAAGGCGGGAAAAUAGUGCCGCAAAUCUCGGUCGUCGUUUGCCAUGCGGAAUGAUAGACACACACAGUCUGUCUGUUUAUGACUCGCUCAUCCGGGAAAUAGACCUAAGGUGUAAAAGCCGUAGAGGAGAUAUCACCGACAGCGAGGGUGAAGACAACAUGAACAUUCACACAAUACUGGAAGUGCCCUCUAGCGACGAGUACAGUCCAGCAUGUUCGAUGGACAGAAAGAAAAAUCAAGAGAACUCGUUGGCAGACAUUGAACUUGGAUGUACUGGAAAUGAUUUGAAGAUAUCCGGGGUACAAGGCAAAGUGAAACCAUCAACUUUUAAGCAGACCGCUGGUAACCCGUCGCAGCGUUCUCAAGCUGCUUUUAAAAUGGAAGAUCAAACUGGUUUGUUUGAGUUUUAUAGCAGUGAUCGAACAGAAGACGCUGAACACGAACAAAGAGAGGACGAGGAAAUGCACAUGGCAAGGCCGGAUGAAUCAUUUAGACCCAGCACGACCGCUGCAAACAGAUCCUCUUCUCACUGUUCAAUCAGGGAAACCUCAAUCCCGAGGGCUUCUUCCUUUAAAUAUGGAAGCGAUAAGGGCUCGAUGACGCUCUGAAAGCUGUUAAGCAUGGCGCUAAAAGAAUACGUCGUCGCCCAUUUCAUGUAAUCAUUAACGGACGAAAUACACCAAUUCGGAAAACUCCGGGAAUCCAUUCUAAUGUAGAGCUACGCAUUUGGCUAAUUAUCAGUGCAUACUCGCUUCAAGGUCGUUGCCAUGGUUAUCUCCAUAAACUUCAAACGAGGAAGAGCCUGGACACCAUCAAGGUGCGCUUUAAUGCCCAAGUUCAUUUGAUCAAUUACAAAACAACCUUUUUGAGAUGUGUCAUAAACCAUGACGCCUACUCAUGCAAGUGAAUUGUUUUGUUCAGUUACAAUAAGAAAUAAGGAUCAAGCCUAUCGUACAGUAUUCAGUUCAGUUGGUGGCGGCAGGCGAAUAAGAAAUUCCGGUCUCCGAGACACGAAUUAGCCCGCAAUUUUCCUUCGACGCUGCGCUGUUAGCCUUGUUAGAGAAAGACUGUAAACUUUAGGAUUGUUUCAAAGGAGAUGUGCCAUGAAACGACACUUGAAUUCUUAGUUGAUAUGAUAAGAUUACAAAGCCGAGGCCGCUGGGUCACAAGGGGGAAGAUGAGGUAGGAUAGAUGAUAGUUGAAAUGUUUGUGACAAGCUGAUCUACAGAGUUAAAGUAAACAUAAUACUUAGUGUUCAUUUGCUUAGAGAAAAAGAGAGAGAACAUUGCUGAAUGUUUAAUGUGCAUCUGUAAUUCAGAACAGCAGUCGUCGUAUUGUCAUAACUCCUGUUGAAAUUUUCCAGGCCCAUAUAAACAGAUCCACCAAAAGAACUAAAAAAGCACGGGUGAAGAUCCCCGGGGCGGGCUCCCAUAUAGAAUGGAGGGCGGUGCUCGUGGUACCUUUUUAAUGGUUAAAAAAAAGGCGGUUUUGGUGCCUCUUAGGAUGUUCAGCCUCACAAGGUCCACAGUGGGAACUU